UGAAAAUACGUGGGCUAAAUUUACUUGAAUUUUCUCAAUUUUCUAAACUAUUCCAGAUAAAAUUUUCACAAUUUUUAGUGUAAUUCUAGAGAAACGCUAUCACUUUUCGUAAUAGUUCAGUGUUAGUCUAGUUGUGUAACCAAGUUACAAAAUUUGAUUUUUCCGAAUUUUCGUGUAAUUUCAAAAUGGCGGAAGCUGAUUACUGGUCACAAGGUUGGAAGUUUCUGAAUAAGGAAACUUGGUUCGUAGGAGAAAGAGCUAACUAUGUGAAUAGUCCCCAUGUGAUUGCUAUGGUGGGGCUGCCUGCCAGGGGAAAAACCUACAUAUCAAAGAAAUUGUCAAGAUAUCUGAAUUGGAUUGGUAUCAAUACUAAAGUGUUCAACCUGGGUGAAUACAGGAGGCAUGCUACAACGGCAUAUAAGAGUCAUGAGUUCUUUAAGCCGGAUAACAAGGAGGCAAUGGCUAUAAGAACGCAAUGUGCCAUAGAUGCACUUAUGGAUGUGUGCCAGUGGCUGGAGAAUGGAGGAGAAGUGGCUGUAUUUGAUGCCACCAACUCGACAAUUGAACGUCGGAGGAUGAUCGAGGAUAUAGUAGUGCACAAAACAGGUUACAAGCUGUUUUUUGUCGAGUCUGUGUGUGACGACCCUUCUAUCAUAGAACAGAAUAUUAUGGUAUGCUAAAACUUAUUAUUUUUU